CGAGCUGGCGUAUCUAGUAUUUAUGUCUAUGUGUUUAUGGAGUGCGCUAGAAAGGAAGGAGUGACAAAUUAAGUCAAAUGGUGUGUACAGCUUGUGUUACUUUCGCUCACUUUUGUUUUGUUUUUUUUCUUGUACUGAAGCAGAGAGGCAAAGAGGCAGGCGAACGUUAGCAUGCACUACGUCACAUCAAACUUGUCGAUGACGUAGUCCUUUGGUGGCAAUAUGAAAGAUACUAAUUACCUCAAAGCAACAAAAGAAGCUGAAAAUGGAUGUUUGGGCCAUUAAAGCGCCUUCACACACUUUGAGCUACUUCCUAUAUAGGCUACCACAUCGCUGUACCGAUGCUCGGGGAUUAUUUGUAUUCAGAGGUCUUGAUAAACGGAAGAAAUUCGAAGACCAGCGCUAAUUUCUUACUCGACUUCAACAAUGGGGAUUCUAUCGUUGAACCGUUCCAUUGAUCAUGUCGUUCAAGAACUCCCUCAGAUGCAACCCAUUUCUUUGCCAGCUGGUGAUGAACUCUUGUACAAUAUAGAGAAAAGAUUCAUGAGACAGUUUGUGAUCUUGGCCAGACAGAAUCGAGUUCCACCCAACAUCUUGCCUGAACACAUGAAGCUGUGGUUGCUGCAAAAUAGAAACAUACCACACCAGUUCCGGGAAAUGCAAACGAGAGUGGAUGCCAGAAUGUUCAAUCUCCUUUGUGUGGCCUGGACAAAGGCAAGGAUCCUCUGUUUGCACAAAAUGGAGAGAGAAGUGUGCAUGGACCUAGACGAAGAGGGACGCCUUUCGCAGUUGCUCGGGAGGACGGUCACGCUGGAAGGCCUCCAGAAGUACAUCACCUUGGUGAGGCCUCAAGCUGAACGGGACACGGAGAUCUUCCUCCAGUGUCUUUUCAGUGAGCUUCAACAAUCACUGGGCAGCGUAGUGCUGAGCAGCACACAAAGAAUGAGACUGUGCGAGAAGUUCCACCGUGCCACUGAGCCCUUGGUGCAGGAGACUGUAGACGUGUUACUCGAUUACCUUUUGGAUGAUCUGGAGCCGCUCGCAAACGAAGAGUCCAGCACGGCGAUGUUUGCACGAAGAUAUGAGGGUGCCUGCAAGGAGAUCGGAAGGAUGCUCACCAACGCUGUGGUUUCGAUUCCCUGCCUGUGUCAAAACAUCUCGCUGAACGAUCUGCUGUACAUCUGCACCGCCAUGGCCUGGAGAAUGACACGACGCUUUUUCAAAAACUUUAUUGACUGCUCUGCAAACUUCGACCAGCUCGACUUGGAUGAUUCCUCGGUCGCAGAUCGGGACAGGGUCACAAGAGCCAUUGUGGAGAUGGUAUACAUGGCCAAUCAAUAAAAACUCUUUCUUCUCCCCUGCUCUUUCCGCAAAGAAACUGCAUGUAUUAAGAAGCAGCAGGGUUACCUCAUGUAUUACAAUCAGUUUAUUUUUGUUGGUUUUUUUCUCCAUUUGCUGAAUAAAGAUUUUGACAGACAAA